CGCUGGUCCCCCCCACCAGCUGGCCCGUCCACUCCCACCCCAGCUGAGCUCCCUUUGCCUUCCCGGCUCCAAGCAUGUCGGGCUCUGGGCGAAAAGACUUCGAUGUGAAGCACAUCCUGCGACUCCGCUGGAAACUCUUCAGCCACCCAUCGCCGUCCCCAGGCAGCCCGGCGGGGGGCGGCUGCUUGCAACAGGACGGCAACAGCAGUUUCGAGCACUGGGGACCUAGCCAGAGCCGACUGCUCAAAAACCAAGAGAAAGGCAGCGUGAGCACAUUCUGGAAGAAGCCUUCCUCUUCUUCCUCCUCUUCAUCUUCUUCGCCAUCCUCUUUGUCCUCUUCCUUCAACCCACUGAAUGGCACCCUGCUGCCAGUGGCCACCAGGCUGCAGCAAGGGGCGCCCGGGCAGGGCACCCAACAGCCGACCAGGACUCUCUUCUACGUUGAGUCCCUAGAGGAGGAGGAAGUGCCUGGCCUGGACUUUCCUGGACCACACGAAAAAGGGCUGGUCCUGGAAGAGCUCAAAGUGGAGCCGACCAGCUCGAGCCAGGCAACAGGUGAAGGAUGCGGACACAGGCUGCCAGGAACUAGCCAUUCACUGACAUCUCAAAGUGACCUGGACUCCAGUAGCUCUGAAGAAUUCUAUCAGGCUGUUCACCACGCUGAGCAAACCUUCAGGAAAAUGGAAAGUUACUUGAAACAACAGCAACUCUGUGAUGUUAUCCUGAUUGUCGGGAACAGAAAGAUUCCUGCACAUAGGCUUGUUCUGAGCUCAGUCUCAGACUACUUUGCUGCCAUGUUUACAAGUGAUGUUUGUGAAGCCAAGCAAGAGGAGAUCAAGAUGGAAGGCAUAGACCCCAAUGCCCUCUGGGAUCUUGUUCAAUUUGCAUAUACAGGUUGCUUGGAAUUAAAAGAAGACACCAUUGAAAACCUCCUUGCUGCCGCGUGUCUGCUCCAGCUUCCCCAGGUAGUAGAAGUGUGCUGCCACUUCCUCAUGAAGCUUCUGCAUCCGUCCAACUGUUUAGGAAUCCGAGCAUUUGCAGAUGCUCAAGGGUGCAUUGAACUAAUGAAGGUGGCUCACAGCUACACAAUGGAAAACAUAAUGGAAGUUAUGAGAAAUCAAGAGUUUUUACUGCUUCCGGCUGAGGAGCUCCAUAAACUCCUGGCCAGUGAUGAUGUGAAUGUUCCUGACGAAGAGACCAUCUUCCAUGCACUAAUGAUGUGGGUCAAGUAUGACAUGCAGAGGAGAUGCAGUGACUUGAGCAUGCUUCUGGCCUUUAUAAGACUGCCACUGCUUCCCCCACAGAUAUUGGCUGACCUAGAAAACCAUGCAUUAUUUAAGAAUGAUCUGGAAUGUCAAAAGUUGAUUCUGGAAGCAAUGAAAUAUCAUCUAUUGCCAGAAAGAAGAACAUUAAUGCAAAGUCCAAGAACUAAACCUAGAAAAUCCACAGUCGGAACUCUGUAUGCUGUAGGAGGAAUGGAUAACAACAAAGGAGCUACAACCAUAGAGAAAUAUAACCUGAGAACGAAUCUGUGGAUCCAAGCAGGGAUGAUGAAUGGCCGGCGAUUGCAGUUCGGGGUGGCUGUGAUCGAUGACAAACUCUUUGUGAUUGGAGGUCGAGAUGGCUUAAAGACAUUGAACACUGUGGAAUGUUACAAUCCUAAAACCAAGACCUGGACUGUCUUGCCACCAAUGUCAACACAUAGACAUGGUCUGGGUGUGACAGUACUUGAAGGCCCAAUUUACGCUGUGGGAGGCCACGAUGGCUGGAGCUACCUGAACACGGUGGAGAGGUGGGAUCCCCAGAGUCAGCAGUGGACAUUUGUAGCCAGUAUGUCAAUAGCCCGAAGCACAGUUGGUGUGGCAGCAUUGAAUGGCAAGUUGUAUUCGGUUGGAGGUCGUGAUGGAAGUUCAUGUUUGAGUUCAAUGGAGUAUUAUGAUCCUCAUACAAAUAAGUGGAACAUGUGUGCUCCAAUGUGUAAGAGAAGAGGUGGUGUUGGAGUAGCCACAUGUGAUGGUUUUCUUUAUGCAGUAGGAGGUCAUGAUGCUCCUGCCUCAAAUCACUGUUCCCGGUUACUAGAUUAUGUGGAACGAUACGAUCCCAAAACAGACACAUGGACCAUGGUGGCUCCUUUGAGUAUGCCCAGAGAUGCUGUUGGAGUUUGUCUCCUUGGUGACAGAUUGUAUGCCGUUGGUGGCUAUGAUGGGCAGACAUACCUCAACACCAUGGAAUCUUAUGAUCCACAAACUAAUGAGUGGACACAGAUGGCUUCCUUGAAUAUCGGGAGAGCAGGUGCCUGUGUAGUAGUCAUCAAGCAGCCUUGACUUGUUUCUAUUUGGAGAGAUUCUAUUUGCUGAAGUGAUUAUUUUUAUAUCAGAAGGCGAAAAUGAGAACUUCCUGAGAUGAAAACUCUUCAAGAACAUGGAUUUCUGCAGAUUUACCAACUGAUGUCAAAAGAGGUAGAAGAUCAAACAGAAUUAAAGAAAACCAGAAAAUAUCAAACUGCUAUAGGAACAAUAUUUGGCCACGUAUUAAUUUAAGAAUGGUUAUUGGUAAUUUGUUUUGUAUUGCAGCAUACAAUAACUAGUUACCAAAGGCUUGGUUUUCUUCAGCAAUUAGAAGAGACUGAUAUUUGUGACAUGGAUAAUUUCAUAAUUUACAAUUGUUUUAUAAUUUGUGGCAAUAUUUAAGAGGUUGCCAAGUAUAGAAGACAUGAUAUUUCAAUCUGACAGAUUCUGAUUGGUUUACCAUUUUCCUAAUCAGAUGUGGUCAUACCAGGAGGUACAAUGAUGUUUUAUUAAAACAAACAUAUUGCCUCCUCAUUUUCCUAAGCUACAAGGGCAAUUAAAGAAACUGAUCCACGCUUGUGUCAUGCAUUCAGAAGACAAACUGUCCUGCUAAUAAUCAAAGCUGCAAAUAUCGUCAGAGGUAAUGGUUGCAUUUUUUUGCAAUCAUGUUAGCAAUCUGAAGCUGGCAAACACAAAGGAUUUUUUUCAUUAGGCUUAUCACAGUGCUUCGCUUUUUGAACACACUGAGCCAAAAUAUCAGUACAGUUAUAGGCUUGGCCUUAUAUGGAGUUCAGUGUAAGCAUGGGAGCUAGUUAUUCUGAAUGUUAUAUAUAUCCACUGCAUGUUAAUGUCCUUUAGAAUUUUCUUUACUUAAAAAAAAAAACUUAGAAUUUUGAAAUCUAUGAUCCAUUCAUUUGGGAUGUUAAUGAUCAUUGUUAAAAUGAAGGCCGACUUCAGA